AUGUACGUUCUGUGUGUGAAGGAGAAGCUGAGGGGAAAUUGGCUUGGAAUUGAUCAGUCACAGUGGACUCCUCAAAAAGGCAAGAUUAUGGCGGCUCCUAAUGCCAUCGCAGCCACAGACAACCCGAGCACUGCACCGAAUCCAUCCCAUAUGUUUGGAACAAACCUUGCCGCAGCAUUGCCAGUCCCUGUCGCCUUCACAUCAGACUGA